AUGACUAAUCCCUUAUCGUACAUACCACGAGCUUUACUUGGUCCUCUAUACCCGGUGUGGACAAGUCCAGUUUCAUCAUCAAGUCUUGAUAUGGUCACCAUGUUCGGCCGACUCACCCACUACGCUUUUGACGCUGUCCUCUUCUCCGCCUUUUUGGCAGGUGUGAAGCGUUCGACUGGUCUUACCCCCAGUCUCGACUCCGACAAAAUCACCGACAACAAAGACUUCAAGAAAUGGAUCGAUAGCUACCUCGGCGUUGGCGAGUGGGUGAUGGAUCAGUCCGUUGCCGUCCUGGGUUCCACCAGCUAUUUCGAGCGCAGGCGGUGA